AAAAAGGGUUCACAAUAAAUUUUAUAUUCAAAGUCCAAACACAAACUUAAACACCGCCGCGCCUUUACAUCUUCCUUUAAUUUCUCCGAAUCAUCUAACUCGCCGGAAAACACAGAGCCGAUAGCGAUGAGAUCCUUAAAAAAUCUGGUCCCAACAGUUCUGACACAUGCCCUCUUUUAUAGUUGUCUUAUAAAAAACCAUUAUUUUCUCAUAAAUGACCAUUGUUAUUGUUUCGUCUUUGGACACCGCUGGGAGCUGGCUUUGGGUUUUGCGUUUAUGGCACAACGACACUCCACCAGGAAUCCUGAAGUGAGAUUUUCAAAAUGGGAAUGGGAUCACAUUUUUAUUGCGAGUACUAUGGCUCUCACUCUUCCUGUUGACAACGAUCAAGUUUCUGUUGAUAUAAUUGACAAUGCUAUGGUAAUCACUACGCCAAUAAUUGACGACAACGAUUCUCAAGUUUCCAUUGGGAGUGCUUUGGCUAUUGUUGAUGUUCUUUCAACCGACAAUGAUCAGGUUUCUGUUGAUAUUCUUUGAUGAUGCUUUGAAAAUUCUAAGCACUUGAGACAGACUCAAAGUAAGAAACCCCAAUAAAAUUUUCUAUAUAUUCACAGACCACUCUUUGAAUUAUGAAAUUUGUAAUUCUCUAUUCUUCAACUUUUAUUUGGAUCAAUUUGCCUAGUUUGUAAA